AAAAAAAGAGUGCCAAAUUCCCUAGGGUUUUUAUUUCUGACAAUUGUAUAUAGAGAUCUGCAAACAUUCAGCUCCAAACGUUAGGAUUCGUAUCGUGCCAACCUUUCUUCCCAGCGUCCAUUUCUUCAAAACUGCGUCUCUAAAAUGCCAAAGCAGAUUCAUGAGAUCAAGGACUUCCUUCUCACGGCCAGAAGGAAAGACGCACGUUCCGUGAAGAUCAAGAGGAGCAAAGAUGUGGUGAAGUUUAAGGUUCGGUGCUCCAAGUAUCUCUACACCCUCUGUGUCUUUGAUCCCGAGAAGGCUGACAAAUUGAAGCAAUCCCUUCCUCCAGGUUUGAGUGUGCAAGACCUUUGAGUCAGAAUUUGUCAUCUUAAGAGGAUUGUCCUUGAAAGGAAUAGUUUGCUUGAAUUUUGAGAUUAGUUGCAAGACUUUUGAGUCAGAAUUUGUCAUCUCAAGAGGAUAGUCCUUGAAAAGGAAUAGUUUGCUUGAAUUUUGAGAUAAGUUGAAAGACUUUUCUGAACAAAUUCCUUUAAGAUUGACAAAACAUGCUUUCGGUUUCUUUGGCAUCUUGUUUAGCCUUUUGAGUUUGCCAUUUUGCAUUUAAUUUCUGUUUGGGACUUGUGUGUGUCAAUUUCCGACAAGACUCUUCUAGCUAGACCGACAAGUAGUUGCAGAACCUGCAAUUACGGUAGUUUCUAGUUCGUUGUUCAUUAUGAUUAAUGCUGUGUUUAGGUUUUCUCUACCGUUGUUCAUUAUGAAGAAGAAAGCUGUUGACAUUUGCAAUUUUACUGCA